CUGCGCCACCGUAGUUACGUACGCAGUAGCGUAGCAGGCGCGUACAGUUCGGUUUUGCCUGUAAAUGCUAAGCUAAUACAGGCUAUCGUUUUUAAAUAUUGAACCUGCGAGAGACCGCCUCUGUUUCAAUGGAGAGUAUAAAUGCGAAAUACGUGUCGCAGAAAAUCAGCAAAACGAGAUGGAAACCGGUUUCGUAUUCGACUUUACAACAGCCAGAUGUGUUUGCGACUGGCUCGUGGGACAACGAGAACAACAAGAUUUCCUAUUGGUCCAUUGGGAAUCAUGGAAGUUCUGGCAUGGACGAUGGAUUUGAAGGAGAUCCACAGCUAUUAUGUGAACACAAGCAUGAUGGAGAUGUUCUAGACCUUCAGUUUCUGGACCAAGACAGAAUUGUCACAGCAUCUUCAACUGGAGCAGUCACCAUCUUCCGCCACCACCAAAACAGUCAGACAGUAUCAGUUUCUAAGCACUGGGCCAGAGCGCAUCGUUACCCUUGUGACAACGCCCCCUGCACUGGUGUUGUGUGCAGCAGUCCUGAGAUUGUCACAGUUGGCGAAGAUGGCAGGAUCAUUGUCUUCAGAGCUGACCAGGAAGGAGUGACUCGAGUCAUAGAGAAUGCAGACAGCAGCACCAUUCAUGCCGUGACAUAUUUGAGGACAACAGAGAUUUUGACAGUGAACUCUAUCGGCCAGCUUAAACUGUGGGAUUUCAGACAACAGAGCAACUCGCCGUCCCAGAUUCUCUCCCUGUCAGGGGAUAGAGUUCCUCUGCACUGUGUGGACAGACAUCCAAACCAACAGCACAUUGUGGCCACAGGAGGCCAGGACGGCAUGCUCUGUGUGUGGGAUGUGAGACAAGGCAACACUCCCUUCUCACUCAUGGAGGCACACUCUGCUGAAAUGUGGGAGGUCCACUUCCACCCAACCAACCCAGACCAUCUGUUCACAUGCUCAGAGGAUGGCUCACUGCUGCACUGGGAGACGUCCUCACAAUCAGACGUGCCCUCCUUCCUACAAGGUGGCAGGAACAACAGCAUGAUGUCUCGUAGUGCAAUGGCUCCAGCUGGAGGGAACCAGUCCCUCAUCAGUGCCUGGCUGAGCGGAGACUCCAGUAAAGGCCGUCUGGAGACGACUCACAUGCUGCCCAGCCAGACGCUGUCAGUCAACAGCUUGGACGUACUAGGACAAUGUCUCGUCUGCGGGACUGACGGAGAGGCUAUUUUUGUCAACAGACAGGUCCCAGUUUAAAAGAGUUGUUAGUGCACAACAAGACAAGGUGUUUAUUUGCAGUCAAUCUCAGUCACAACAGAGGUUUUAUUGUGCGUAUGUGACAUUUUGGCUUAACUUGUGUGUAUUUUUCUGUUGUAUGAUAAAUGUUUCACCCAUGUUUUUCCAGUUGCAUUGAUGGAUCAUCAUGGUUUAGGGUUUUUAUAAAUCAUUCCAAACAGUAUUUCAAUUCAACAGUAGUUUUUGUAUGAAUGUCAUUUAAAACAGUUUUGAAAUAAAUAAUUAAAAAGAA